AUGUUCAAGAAAGACUACUUUUUCAAGGAGGUGGGCGACAUUCGUAUUGGGGCUACUGCAUAUUGGAAGACCGUGGAAGACGAGACGUGCCACCAUAAAUAUGGAAUCGCUCUCGGAUUUCAUGGAGGAGCCUUUGUUAUCGGCUCCAGACACCUCAUCGCAAAGGUCGAGAUCGAGUAUCUCUGCGACAAAGGCUAUAUCGUGGUGUCAGCGGACUAUCGCUUGUGUCCACAGGUCGCCGUGUGCGACAUCAUACGAGACGCCAUCGAUGCCUUCUCGUGGUGCAAAUCGGAUCUCCCUACCAAACUCCUUCACGAUGCCGGUAUUGAAGUGGAUGCAGGGAGGAUUGUGGCAUUUGGCCAAUCUGCCGGCGGUCUCCUGGCCCUACACUUGGGCACCCUCCGAGAGCCACCGAGAGCCAUACUGGACUUUUACGGCGUCAAGUAUCUUGCUGAUGAGUUUUGGCACAGUCCGCUGCCCUCACUCGCAGGAAUUCCCCCUUUCGAAAAGAACUUGCUGGACAAGAUUUACGAAGAACCCGUUCUGACGACGACUUUGACAUCCUUGGAAAUCAUGGCCGCGUCAUCAGCAAGGAUGGAGAAUCAGCCUAAACAAAGAGGCCUCCCUCCACCAGAUCUGUCUAUUCCUCGCAACGCCUGGCUUUUCACGGCUCUCAAGGAUGGAACGCAAAUCAAAGCAGUUGUAAAGGACGACGCUUUUGAGGACGUUGAACCAACUAUGGCUUUCAGUCCUUGGUUCCCUCCAACGGUCAUCAUACACGGCGGCGCGGAUUCCAUGGUACCAUGCAGGCUCAGCGAGAAAGCAUUCAAGGAAUUGGAUCAGCACGGCAUUGAGACACUCCUUUUGGUGCUCCCCGAUCAAGAUCACGGUUUUGAUGCCGGGCUAUCUUCAGACGAUGCAAAGUGGCAACAGGUCCGCAGGGCGCUGGAUUUUCUUGUCUUGAAUGGGGACAAAUAA